AUUUAACAUACGGUUUUUUGAGUCCUUCAAUUUUUUUUUCUCUAUUUAGACCUCUAGAUCUAUGACACGGCCUGAUGGCAUUUCCCGAUCCGUAGAUAUCAGAGCAUCGACUCCAAAGAGAGCAAGGAUAUGGUAGAGAUCGAAGAGACCAACGACGGUUGUGAGUCGGUUCCGCUUAUCUCUAACCCAGUUCCGACCCCUCAAACGAGCACGCCCUCCAAGGUGCCGGAAGUGGAAAUUCAUCUUUACCGGCGAGGUAAGGGCCCGAUCGACGUUUUCAAGUCGAGCCUUGUGGGCUGGGGUCAGGAUCAGCUGGAGGUCCGUGAUAUCCUUGACAAGUACGGCUUCAAAACCAUUCACGCCUUCAACCCUGAUUCUGGUCGGGGCGUGCCCAUCCUGUUCAGCGCUCGAAAUGGCCGAUCCAUCUUCACAUACUCUGAUGGAUCCAUUAUCCACGUCGACGGAGAGCCCAAGGAUUCCUUAAUACAACCUAUAACAAGAGUACUGGUUGGGGUUGCUGCUAUUACCAUAAUGAUUGUAUUGGUGAUGACAGAGACCCCCGAAUGGGCCAAAAAGUUGAACUUCUCUGGCGGACGCAUCCCUCCAUGGAUCCUAGCUUGUGCAGUCAUUGUGUUCACGCGUAUGAGGAAGAGAACCAAGGACUUCUUAGAAAGACGUCGCUAGGUGUUUAACGGGUUACACUAGUUCACAAGUCGUCUAUAAUUUUGUGAGAUUGGCGUGGCAUCAUGUUUUCUAUAAUAUGUAAAAAUGACCCUGUUUGGUGUGAUAAGAUACAAGCAGAGUUCCACAAUGAUGGUACUCGGGAAAGAUGCACACAUAAACCAUUACACGGAAAAUAUAUUACCAUGUGACGAGUUUGUUCACAAGCUUUUGUGAUGUCAAUGCUAUAAUUUACACGCUGUAUCUCCUAGUUCCUCACUACAUCCUCUUCCUCACACAACAGGAACAUGUUUUUUUUUUUGUCCGCAGCAGUUGCACCCUUGAACCCUUUAAAAUUUAAAUGUACUCUCAAGUUGUGUAAAAGCACUUGUUUAGUUAUUUUAGUCGUUUAUAGUAUAAACCAGUUGUCAUUGCAUUAGGAGUAGAAAUGACAAUUGUAACCGAUUCGAUGGAUACUUGCACCUAGGGAUGGAC